AUGUCCGACUCAUCAACUACUAUUACUACAACAACAACUACAACAACGAAUGAUGCAGCUGCUAAUGGAGGUGACAUUGGUGAUGGCGGUGUAUCAAUGACAGAGUCUACUGAUAAACAGUGCAAGGUUCGAAUCGAGAACAUCCCUUUGACCAUCGAUGACGCUACUCAGCUACAACAACUGUUGUCAACGUAUCAUCCAAUAGAUGUACGACGACUCAAUGGUCCAAUGACUGGCAAUGUAAUGGUUACACUCAAUGAUGAACAUAAUGCAACUCAAUUGGUCAAUGAACUCAACAAUCAAUCAAAGUUUGGCAAUGUACUCAAGGUUAAACUCAUUGAUCAAUCAACAACAACAUCUCUAUCACCAUUAACAGAUGGUUCUUCCAAACGACGACGAUCUGCGACCAAACAGAAGCAGAAGCUACCACCCAUUGACGAGCAGAUCAUCGCCAACAUAUGCAAGACAUUGCAAUCUACUCCCAAGUUCUAUGUCAAUGUGUUACAUCUCAUGAACAGAAUGAACUUGCCUCCUCCCUAUACCGUAGACAACAAGUCUACGUUGGUCCCUGCCCCAACUCCUGCUGCCACUGGUUCUACUCAGAAGCAACAUCAUCCUCAAGAUAAACAACAACCAAACAAGAGGACAGUACAUCAGAUGCAAGAACAUGAUGAAGAAGAUGAGCAAGAUCAAGACGAUGAUGUAUCAAAGAAACCAAAGACUUCGUCAACAGAUGACACUGAUGGACUACUUCACAUUGAUGUGCCACCACCCGCAAUCACACCGACCAAUCAAGGACCCUCAUCGUCGACCAAGUUACCAAUCCAGAUCAAGCUGAACACAUCAGUUCAGACUCCCACCGCACAAUCAUUGCCAUCUGGUGGCCAAGACAAGUACUAUUCACGAGAUGAUGUCAUAAGUCUCACAAACCUGAUGACACACAAGGCCACUGAAGAGGAGUUGGAGACGAUCAAUAAGAAGAAGAAGUUGGAACUUGGUACAAUAUCAAAGAAGUUGUACAUCAAGAACUUGGCCAAACAGGUGGACAAGGUGGACUUGGAGUUCAUCUUUGGUCGAUACUUUGAGACACGUCAACAAAUGAAUGAACAGAUGACAAUAGUACAUUACAAAGAGGGCCGUAUGAAGAAUCAAGCCUUUAUCACCUUUCCCAAUUCCCAAUUGGCAUCCGAUGCACUGACCGAUGUCCAAGGAUUUCGUCUCAAAGAUAGACCAAUGUUAAUUAGCUAUGGAAAGACUAUGUAA